AAUAGAGCGCGUUUGCAGUCAAUAUUUUCGAACAAAAAUUUUACGCUCUUCUUUUUUCGUUUGAAAGUUAUUUUGUUAAUUCCGGGUUUGCAACUUCAAUUUCAGUCGAUAUUUAGAUUGAAAAUCAAAAAUGACUAUGAAAGAAGUGGAAAUAACAGCUGAAUCUCUAGCUAAAUUGACUCCAGCGAAGCAACCAAAUGACACAACAACAAGAGUCAAUAGUCUUUCAUAUGGCUUAAAAGGAGAUCACAUGAUUAUGUCGACAGAUGAUGAUUCUAUGUUUCUGUACGAUAUGAACACCGGCUUACGCUCUCGCAGUGUUAACAGUAAAAAGUAUGGAUGCUCACAUGUGAAGUUCGCAUCAGAUUCGAUGUGCGCUCUUCACGGUUCAACAAAAGUUGACAACACUAUCAGAUAUCUAUCACUCACCGACAAUAAAUAUAUCCGCUAUUUUCAAGGCCAUGACAAGCUCGUUACUGGAAUAAACGUUUCACCAAUGGACGAUAUGUUUCUCUCAGUUGCCGAAGACAAAACCAUUCGACUUUGGGAUCUGAAAACUCAUAAUUGCAUUGGAUUAAUGAAUCUUUCGGCAACUCCUAUAGCAACAUUUGAUCCAGAAGGACUUCUUUUUGCAGCAGGGCUUGACAAUAACAUUAUCAAACUUUAUGAUUUACGAUCUUUCGACAAAGGUCCAUUUUCUAGUUUUGGUCCUUUGGAAAACGAAGACAACGUGGAAUGGACUGCAAUGCGAUUCUCGCCAUGUGGAAAAUAUAUAAUGAUUUGUACAAAUUCAUCACAGUUAUUACUUGUGGAUGCAUUCACGGGACUUAUAAAGUUCACACUGGAGGAGCAUCAAAACGCACAAAAAAUUCCACUGAUGGCCUCAUUCACACCUGAAUCUUCUCAUAUUAUGGUGGGAAGCUCCGAUGGUUACAUCUACUUCUAUGACGUCGAAACUGGAGAAAUUGCUCUGAAAACAUUAGCUCCAAACAAUCAGACAUGCCAUAUUGCUGAAUUCAGCCCACAGCAUUUCGUUGCUGCAACCGCUGAUACAAAAUUAACUCUCUGGUGUGCCUCCGAUGAACUAAAAGCACAAGCACAACAAUCGUAAUCACUUGGAUCUCAAGAAAAUCUCUUUUUAACUAUCUCAUUACCUUAUAAAAGGUGCCAAACUAAAAUCAUUCAAUAUUUUAUUUAUUGCUUUUUUAUGAAACUGGUUCAUUUUUCUUUGGAUGUCUGUUAAUGAAUUUCAUUAAAAAAAAGUUUUUUUCUGCUUUUAAUACUAGUUUUUUCUCACUAUUCGAAUAUUGUUACAAUCAAAUUAAACCGAAAAGUAACUUCAAUUCAGAUGUACAAUGAUGA